AUGAGCAGCCUACUUUCGUUGGUGUUGUUCGGGUUAGUCCUGCUGGCUGUUCCCGGGUUUGCCGGCACACGUCCACAGGAGGUCCGGAUCAACAAAUGUUGCCGGUUGGGCGAGUUUUACAACGUGACCGAGCGGCAGUGUGUGGCGGGUGGUAUCGCCAAAUGGGUACCGCGCAUCUUCCUACCGGCGAAGGGUCAGCUAUACAAGGAUCUCGGAUCGGCACCACCGUUCAUGAAGUUUACCGAGCAACAGCAACCGGAAACAUGUCCCCGGCCGACCGUGUACGAAGUCGAUUUGGUCACGCUGAUGGGCAAUGGAUCGCUGUUUCUGAACCAGAAGCAUGUGCUGGUCCCCGUGCCGGACUAUUGCAUCGAUGAGAAGGUCGCGCUGGUAUGUCCGGAACGGCCAACGGAUUUGUUCGGAGCGGGAACUGAUGGGGGUAAAGGUGGUCAGAUGGAUUCGCUGCAAGCGCCGGAAAAGACGAGCAUUGUGUUGAGAUGCUGUGGUUCAAACUUCGCCUACGAUCGAGGCAACCGAACGUGCUCCAAACUACCCCGGGGCCAUGAGCUGUUUGACUCUCGGAUCGUAAACUCACCGUACGUGGAGCUGAGCUAUGGUUUUCCGGCCUGCAAGGAGCAUGCGAUUGCUGGGGCAUUUGAAGAAUCGCGACUCCAGGAACAAACCGGCUCGGUAACGAUCGAUUCCGGGAAGAUUUUCGCUUCCGGAGAGUUCUGUCUGGAGCACGUCCGGGAGGACGAUCGUACGGUGUACGUGUUCACCUGUUCCGAGCACUUCCAGCCGGCCUCGGUACCCAUCGCUAAGCAGGACGGCCGACUGGUGCUGUACUCCGCCGGUCUGCUCAUCUCGACCAUCUUUCUGGCGGCCACGCUGGCCACUGGUCUGCUGGUACCGUCGCAACAUCACGUGCUUCAUUGGCGCUGCCAAACGCACUACGUUGCCUGUCUGCUGGUGGGCGAUCUGCUGCUUGCCAUCACUCAACUAUCCGGCAACUCCAUCACCGGUCCGGCCUGCACGAUAAUAGCAAUCAUGAUGCAUUUCUUCUUCCUGGCUGCAUUCUUCUGGCUCAACACGAUGUGCUUCAAUAUCUGGUGGACUUUCCGUGAUCUACGGCCGACAUCGCUGGAGAAAAGCCAGGAAAUCUGCCGGCUUCGGAUCUACGAGGUGUACGCGUGGGGUGUCCCGCUGGUUUUUGCGGGCGUUGCGGCCAUCCUGGACAAUCUGCCGGACAGCAGUGAUACCUACUUGAGGCCACGUUUUGGUGAAGCAAAAUGCUGGUUCUACGGUAACAUGGAGAUGCUGACCUACUUCUUCGGACCGAUCGGCAUACUGCUUUUCGUCAAUCUGCUACUGUUCGCCUCAACCGCACGUCAGCUAACCUGUGGCCUAUGGAAGCGGGACGAUGUCAAAUCGACGACGGAACGCCGCGGUUUGGUUUCUUCUCCCUCUUACAGUGCUGCGCUGGGGCGCGUCUGCCUCAAGCUGGUCGUCGUGAUGGGUGUCACCUGGGUGGCGGACGUCAUCUCCUGGGCCGUCGGUGGACCGAACUACAUCUGGAUCGUGACCGAUCUGAUCAACGCACUGCAGGGCGUAUUCAUCUUCAUCGUCGUCGGCUGUCAACCGCAGGUCUGGGCCGCCAUGAAACGUCUGUGGAACUCGAAAACUGGACGAUCCUUCACGAACACGACGCACGGUCCGCAGCACUCUAGCUCGUCGCACGGGUUGCCUUCGAUGGGCGAAUCGAUCACGAACAACACCUGCACGAACAACACGACGACCACCACCUCGAACCGCGUGCCGAUGGAAACGGUCUGUUGA